AUGAGGGGAUUACAAGCUUCGUUUCAAAAGCCAUUGGCUAAGCUCAUUGUAAUCGCAUUACCGGAGGAACUGGUUCUCCCUGUGCACAUCAGUGCUAUUGAACGUCUUUGUUCCUUCUCUAUGAAUAUCUCCAAAUCGUCUCUAAGCAUUACCCUCGUGAAGCCUUCCGGAAAGGUUCUUCGAUCCACUCACGGAGUUAAAAUAGAGGACAAUCAAUGCACCCUUACCACGCCCAAAGAGUCCGAAGAGAUGGAGCAACAUACACAUACAGCAAAGUCCUAUGCAGAUUCGAUUACGAUUAUGACGUCUACGGAAAACAAGGCUCCGGAGUUGGUUGUUGAAGAAGAUGAACCAGACGAAGAUGGUGAUGAAGACGAUGCUGAUAACGAUUUGAUGAUUUAG